AUGUCCCUGAUAAAGGCAAGGAAUUGCCUUCAAGUAUCAAUGAAAAGCUUGUCAAAGAGGCCAAACAGACAUAUGAUGGAUGAAGCCAGAUUUACAGAUCGCCAUAUGGAGCAAACUAUGAAGCAACCUCUAAGGAAACGCCCGAUUGAGUUUGUUAAAGCAACAACCCUUUAUGAUCCAAGCAAAGACCUUAUUGAAAAGCUCGCAAAUUACAACAAAAAGCAAAAUGAUACCCUUACUGAACAUAUGGGAAUGUUGAAGAUGGAAGAGGACACAUCUUUCGGAAAGACAACCGAAAGUGAGGGCAAUACUGUCGCCACCCAUGAAGAAGAGUCUCAAACACAAACAGACAGGAUGCGGAUGACUGAAAAGCAGGACGAACUAAGAGAUGAUGAACACGAAGAAGAGGAACGUCCAAAUGUUAAUGAACAUCGAGAGGAGCUUGAUCAGAUGGAGGAUGAGGCUAUUGAAGAGGAGGAUGAGGCUAUUGAAGAGGAGGAUGACGAGGCUGUUGAAGAGGAGGUAGACGAGGCUGUUCAAGAGGAGGAAGUUGUGGCUGUUGAAGAGGAGGAAGAUGUGGAACUUGCUGAGGAAGAAGAGGAGGAUUUCAUAAAGGAAGAAGAUGCUUUGAUAGGUGAUCAUAACAAUAAUCUCGAUGAUUCUGUGGAAUUCCUGGAUUCUGAUCCCAGCGAUGGCGAAAGUGAAGAACUUGAUAUGUUCGUCAUAGACGAAAGAGGCGAUGAAGAAAUCUUAGCCACUCAUAACAUACAGAAAAAAGAGUUCCAUGAUGUUAUAAGACACCGUGAAACACGAAAAACAGUCGCAGCAACUAAUUUCGAGAAACAUGACAAGUAUGAGGCAUUUACGGAACAUGAUCCCCAUCUUACUAUUGGUCACGUUAUGUUGAAGACAACAACUGAAAACGGAUCAGUGGAGGCCCUGUUGCCAACACUCAAUCAUUUAAAUAAAGUGACAUCCCAAAGGCUUCAUAGAUUUGGCAUCUGA